AUGUUAGUAUUGAAAAACAUGUUCCUUGACAAAAUAAAACCAACUACAGAAAUAAACGACGCAAGACUGAAAGAUUGGGUAAAAGCUUUCCCAUUCACAAAAGAUAUAGUUGGUAACAUGGAAAGAAAACCAGAAUGGCUACAAAAACAUAUAUUUGGAAACGAGCUUAUUCCAUAUGGACAGGCACUGUUUGAAGAGCUUGAACCGGAAACUCAGGAAAGAGUCAUGCAAACAAUACGCGAAGACUCAAAUACAGACUAUGACAAACUCUUUCUAGGAUAUAGGUUACCUGAGAUGGGCGACCAGAGCCAAAAGGCAAAAAGGACAUGGGAAAUUUGCAACAUACUAGAUGAACAUAAUGCAAAGAUGCAACAACUUCAAGCAGAGGGCAAUGAAGGAAAAAGAAGAGUUAAAAACUCAGUCAGGAAGAAAGUAAAGCUUGGUCCACGUGGGUUCUAUUAUGACAUAUAA